UAUAUUUUACAUUUCCACAAUUUCUGCUGUUAAUUUAUUUGUUAUUUCGUUUUCCUUAUUUUUCGACACAUUUGUGGCCAGAUAACAGACGAUGGUUUGUUUCGCGAUGUCUUUAGUCUUUAAUGAUAUAGAUUAGUAAAAGGCAAAUUUACAAAAUUAAUUUAACUCGCGAUGUAUGCUAGAAGAAUUUUAGACGACUCCCGCGAAACAGAAAUCGUUUCGCAAGUAGUCAGGCGCGGCGAAAGGUUCCACCGAGCGGUGCUCGGUUAAUAAUAACUGCGAUGUAGGUAACACCCCGUUUCAUGAAAAUGUAUUAUGCAAAAAAAUGAUGCCAUGGCGGCGGUAUAAUUAUACACGAGUAGCGUCGAUUACGCGAUAUUAUCUCAUUCUCUACCACAAUUUCGCUAUCGCGGCAACAUCUGAAAUCCGCGCCCGUGAUAAAUGUGAUUAUAAUCGGUAUACAUUUUUAAGAACGUGCCGAACAGGUUCCGCAUUAAGACAUCAAUGAGUCUGACUAGACGUUUCCUUGGAGCAGAAUUUUCCAUCAAAGAUAACGUCAUGUGUUAGCCGCAAAAAUGAAGGAUUAAACGCGGCUGAUGUGUAACGGUUUUGCGAGAUUGAAUUCGCGAUUUCUGCGAAAUCAGGGGUUGAUUUUAAGAGCUUCGGAUUUUCUCUGUAUUUUCUUGUAUUCGCGACACCUUGUUGGUAGCAACGCUCCGAGGUUUUUUUUUCAAGAUCUCUUUCAUGUAAUAAAUUACAGGCUUGUCACUAAAUAUAUAAUUAUUACAAAUAAUGAUAAUGUAAAAUACUUACAAAAUAAUUUUAAUACUGUUAUUCGAGAAUAUAUUGCGAUUUUUAUCAUGGAUUUGAAUUUUACUUUUACAAAACUUGCACGUCUCGAGGGAAAAUUCGACGUUGCUUUUUCUUCUCGUAAAAAGGAAUGGAGGAGAGAGAGAAUUGAAAAAACGCCUUUGAAUCAGUCCCCGAUUUCCAAGACUGGAAAUCCGCAAACCGCCAGUAAAUCCUUCAUAAUCCUUGCACAGUACAUCGACGACGCAUAAUUCCUGAAUCAGCCGGUGCAUUUAUCGCUCUUGCCGCGUCAGUCGCGGAACAAAGGAAAAUGAUAUUGCGGAAGAACGAACAGCCUGUCACACCUGUGACAUAUAUAUUUUUUUUCUCUCGCUUGCAGGUACGUACAAUCGCCACGUCAGUCAACGGGAAGAAGAAGUGAUCGUAUUUCUUCGUUCGCGGAAACACAUCGCACACGGUCUCUCUUCUCGCCGACGACGUAACUCGCCGGAAGCGGCUGGAAAAUUCCGCGCGCAAUUUGUCGACGUGACGGGAAAGGACACCGGAGAUUUCUGCCGCGAGGACGACGCCUGGCGCCUUUCCAUAAACACACGUUUAAGAUGACCAGGGAGACGCGGUUUGGCGAUGCUCCUGUCAUGUGCAGGAUGCGAGAAACCGAUAAUGGAUCAGUACCUGCUGAACGUUUUGGACCGUGCAUGGCACGUCGAGUGCGUGCGCUGCUUCGACUGCAGAAUCACGCUGCAGGACAAGUGCUUCUCCAGGGAAGCGAAGCUCUUCUGCAGGAACGACUUCUUCAGGCGAUACGGCACCAAGUGCGGCGGUUGCCUCCAAGGGAUAAACCCGCAGGAUCUCGUGAGGAAGGCGAGGGACAAGGUUUUCCACCUGAAUUGCUUCACCUGCCUGGUGUGUCGGAAGCAGAUGAGCACCGGCGAGGAGCUCUACGUCCUGGACGACAACAAGUUCGUUUGCAAGCAGGACUACCUGUCGGGCAAGCCGCUGCCGGACACGCAUCACGUGCACGGUCAUCACGAACCGUCCAACCUGUCGGCAGGCGGCGACUCGUUGAUGGGCUCAGGAUCGGAAGACGAGGACGAGGACGGUAGUGCUCACCAUCAUCAUCACGAUCCGGCGGUCCGUGGCGCUCACCUAGGGCCCCACAACAUAGGCCCGGGUGGUCCGGGCGACCAGACCGUCGGCCACGGUGGCGAACUACCUCUCGGGAGCGAUCCCUGCAAGCAGGAGGACUCCGAGGAUCAAGGUUCCCUGGACGGCGAUCCCGAGACGAGGGACAGCCAGACGGAGAACAAGAGCCCGGACGGCGGCGCCGGCGGUGGCAGCGGCGACGGCGGUGCCGGCUCGAAGCGACGCGGUCCGCGGACGACCAUAAAGGCGAAGCAACUGGAGAUCCUCAAGUCGGCCUUCUCGUCUACUCCGAAGCCCACCAGGCACAUCAGGGAGCAGUUGGCGAAGGAGACCGGCUUGCCCAUGAGAGUCAUACAGGUCUGGUUCCAGAACAAGAGGAGCAAGGAGCGCAGGCUGAAGCAGUUGACGUCGAUGGGCAGGAACCCCUUCUUCGGGGGCUCGCGCAAGAUGCGUGGCUUUCCGCUGAACCUGAACCCGGGCGCGCUCGGCGGAGAGGACGGCCCGCCGCCCGGCUUUCCCUACUUCGGCGCGGACAAGUUCGAAUUCGGUUACGGGGGCCCGGUGGCCUUCCACCACGAGUUCUUCGGCGCGCAUCCGCCCCCGCACCCGCACGGGCCGCACUUCGCCGGCACGGGAAAUCCAGUACGUAAUCUGUUUCUGACAGGCCUGGACCCGGCCAGUUUAGCGGGCAUGGCAGCGGCAGUGGCGGUGGCAGGGGAAUAUCCACCUCCGGGCGCGGGGGGCGGCCCUCCGGAAUUUCUCACGGGGCCCCCCGGGCAGGGGCCCCCUGCGCCCACCGGCGGCAGCCCCGGCGAGUUCCUAGCACCUUCAGGUGGAGCCCAGGGUAAUCCGAGCGGCGGCGGGAAUGGCGGCGGGCCAGGCGGCGGCGGCGGCGGCGGUGGCGGCGGGGUCGCGGGCGGCGGGUUCCUGGAGCCGCACCAGAUGCAGAGCGAAGGGCUGGCCUGGUAGUACGAGUUUUAAUUAACGUCCCUUAUAAUAAUAAUUCCGCCCGCGCGCACCAACGGAAUCGCGAGAGCGCCGCCGCGAGGAGAACGAAGAGCGCGAGGAGGGCGGCGAUUUCAAGUCCGAGGGCGACGGAAGGCUCGGCGCUUCGUUGCUUUCCUUCCCGUUGUUUCCCCUGGUUUCCUCUCUCUCUCUCUCUUUCCCCUACUCUCUCUCUCCUUAUAUCUCUCAAUCAUUUGCAACCUCCUUCGUUUCGCGUCGACCCGCACUUCGGUCGUCGAGUUGCGGAUGUCGCGCGAACUCACGACGACGACGACGUUCGGUCCCUUCUGUAAGAUACGGAUGCCGCGCACGCGAAGCGCGUCUGUCCUCGUCCCUUGAUUCACGGUUAUCGUUGUCGAACGUUGCCGACGUUAUUAUCUUCAUUGUAUCGGCAUCGCGACGCCGAUAUGUUACUCUAUUUUUCAUUAUUAUUAAUAUUAUUAUUAUUAUUAUUAAUUAUUAUAUAUUAAUUAUUAUUAUUAUUGUGUAUAAAAUUCGAAGCCCCCUCCCUCCCCUAUCGUGUAAUAUUAUGCCCUCCCUGUUGAUUAUUUUUCGACGUUACUUUGGAGACACCCUGUAGAUAUCUGCUGUUGUACACCUGAUAAAAAUACACGUACACGCGUCGUUAAACACAUACGUAUACAUACACACAUAGACCCAGGCGCAUGCAAGAUGUGACACACACAGCGCAGAUAUAUACACGUACACAUAUCUAUACACCGGAACGGACGCGGUCCACACUUCGACACGCUGUACUAAUAUUAUCAUUAAAGUAUAAAUAUAAAUAGGAACGUGUAAUUUGUAUCUGUUAAGGCGGCGAGAUCGAUGUAAAUACACACGGAGAAACACACGGACACACUCUAUCCUCUCUAUCUCUCUCUCUCUCUCUUUGCUGAAUGCGCGCGAGCCGAUUUGCGAACGGCCGGACUUACUCUUUAAACGCCAUCGGAAGUAAUAUAUGUGUAUCGUGACGCAACACACACACACACUCACACGCAUACACGUGACACACACGUACACACAUUCGCACACCGAGUAAGGCAGACCGAGAAAGAGACGCGCCGCCGCGACGCAUAACGAUUAUAAAUAUUAUUAUA